UAAACCGGAGCAGCCGCGCCUUCGAGGGGAAGUUGGUGCGCGGAAGAGUAAAACCGGGUCUUAAGUUCUUUGCUGGCGCUGAACAGCUGGAGGGCAUCGCGGCGGCUCCGGAUUCCAGCUGUUUGGGAGGAACUUUUUUUUUUCUUUUUCCCCGCCCCGCCGAGAGGGCCACCAUGAACCCGAGGUUGCUGCCCUGGCUGGUGCUCCUGGCCCCCUUCUGCCUUUCGGGGUCCAUACAGGGAACUGAUGUCAAUACCCCUGCUGUCCAUUUAAACUUGUCAACAAUAAGUAAUUCUUCAACAACAGCAAAGACUAUGACUGUUACCAAUGCUACCCAAAAAUCAGUGAAAACCACGGCUCAUCCUGAAGUGACUUCUAAGGUCCAAACAAUCACCAACAAGACCAUCCCUGCUGCACAAUCUACCGUUGCCUCCCAAACAGAUAAACCCACAUUACCUGGCAGUACAAAGCAUUCGCCAACUGAAUCUGGGACACAGAAGACCGCUGCAGUUCCUGUAACUAAGCCAUCGUCUGCUUUGGUGACGGAAGCUUCACCAAUUCAAGGCAAGUCAUCGGGGUUCAGUGCCAGCAGCUUCAUUGGUGGCAUUGUGUUGACUCUGGGACUUCUCGCCUUUGGCUAUAUUGGAUGCAGAUUCUAUCACACAAAAAGAGGUGUUCAGUAUCGAACCAUUGAUGAACAUGAUGCCAUUAUUUAAAGUCCAUGCUGAAAAGACAGAAGGCCACGCCCGUUACUCCUGCUUUUAGGGACACUUUCUCUCUGGGAAAAUAUUAUCUGAUCUGAUAUUGUUUUGUCUCUUUUGACAUACAUUGAUCUUCAAAUCUGGAGAACUCCACAAGGGCUUUCUUUGCAUAUUCAGAGUAUCUUCAAUGAAGCGUUUCAAGGAAUUGAAAUUAUACCUGGUUUUAAUCACUCUAUUUUGAAAACCUUUAAAGUAAGCAUUGUUGCUUCUUAGCUCUUUUUCUACAGAAGAUUGGAGAUGACAAGUCCAUAACAGAACACAACUUCAAGUAUCGGAUCCUGAACCUUUUUGUUUUACUCUCCAGUUUUUGUUUUUGUUUUUCAUUCAGGAAAACAAAUCAGACAUUUGCUGGACAAAUAAGAGUAACCCUUUCCACAGAAGUCACAAAAAACAGUAUUUCCAGAUCACCUGUGUAAGAUUUGUGGAAUAUCAUUGGAAUAUUGUUUCGUUAACAAUCUGGGGAAGCUCAAAUAUUCUACAGGUAGCCCUCGGCUUACAACGAUUCAUUCAGUAACUGUUCGAAGUUACAACCGCACUGAAAAAAGUGACUUAUGACCAUUUUUCAUACUCAAGACGUGUGAAAAACACAUUCAGAUGUUUGGCAACUGACAUACAUAUGACGGUUACGCUAUCCUGAGAUCCUGUGAUCAUCUUUUGCAAUCUUCUGGCAAGCAAAGUCAAUGGGAAAAUCAGAUUCAUGUAAAACCAUGUUACUAACUUAACAGCUGUAAUGAUUCCCUUAACAGCUGUGGCAAGAAAGGUUCACUUAACAAACGUCUCACUUAGCAACAGAAAUGUUGGGCUCAAUUGUAAGUCGAGGACUACCUGUAUUUGCCUAGUUGACUAUUUAAGAUUUUUUUUUUUUUUACUUUGUGGUUCCCAACAAACAAAUACAACAGAUAGGAGUACAAAAAUGAAUUUGACGCUUUUGAGGUGGAGAGAUCAUAUUUUUUAAAAACAUUAUAAACGUUUAAAAACAUGAUAGAUGAAUAGGACUGUCCUGAAAGAAGAUUCAUAUAAAAUUGGUGUGUUCAGAUUUUUUUCCCUGGAAAGGAGGGCCAAUUUCUUCCAAUUUGAAGGCAUUCUGAAAUCAUUCAUUUGAGGCCCAUCUAAUGCAGGGCUAUCAAACUUCUGGCCGGUGGGCCGGAUGUGUCACGUGUUGGCCACGCCCAUGCCCGGUUUAGCAAAGGGGGAAAAAGUCCCAAUACGUCACGUGACACCACCCUGACGAUGCGGGUUUGACACCCCUAAUCUCGUGAGAUCCAUUCUUUUUGAAGUCACCAUGUCAGAAAUUCACCAGGUCGUAUGAGUUAGCUCUUAGACAAGAAGCUGUGUGACUUAGCUGUUAAAUGCAGACAAUUGUGUAAUUAAUUAUUCAUUGUCUGUGUUAACACUUUUCACAGAGAAACUGAUUAAGGAAUAAACAUCCAGAACAUUUACGCCAAUAAUUAUUUAAUAACUUAGGCAAUUUUGUGUGCUAUGUAGUAAUCAUCAAUGAUAACUCAUUUAUUCCAUGCUGUCCAACAUCCAGAGUGUAUUUCUGAAAUGAAACAAAUUUGACAUUGGUCAGGCAUGGGGCACUUAAAGCAUAAAUGUGCUCUGCACAAUUCCCCAUCUGAUUGAUUAAAUUUUCAAAGCAGCUCUCAAUGGCUUCCCUCAAGGAACCCAACAUUCAGAGGACAAAUAUCAUCACUGCUCUCCAACCGUCUUGGAGAUGAGACCUUUUUUCCCUUUCUUCAGAAGGCAUAAAAGCAGUCUCUGUUGCUGCCAAUGGAAAGUAUUAUUCACACAAGUUGUUGCACGGAAGAGAUUUGAAUAGGAAUUUCUGUAAAUUUCUGAAAGGUCUUAACUCUUUCCAAUGGUGUGAAUCCCCCAGUACAACAUUUUGCCUUAUAUCUUUCAUUAAUGACAGUAGAUAAUUGCUAAUUAUAGAGUUGCUUAUGGAAAUACAGUAGUAGAGUUACUUAAUAGAAAGUAAAGGGAUAAAACUCGCCUCACCACAGAACUACAUUUCCAUCCGUCAGUCAAGUCUUAAGGUAGCCUCUACCAUGAUAGUUUAAAUGGAGUUUGAUAAAAGUACUGUAGACGUUGUAAUCUUCUUUAUUUGAUCUUUGCUGAGUUUCAACCACUGUUACAAGAAAGAGAAAGUUUACAUUGUAUUAUAUAAUUAACUCUCACUGGGGCGGGGAGUAUCUGUCUUGAUGGACUACUACGGUCUUAAUUCUACCUCUUCGUAGUAUGAUCUUUGCUUCCACACUUCCUUUCAAAGCCCCAUAAUAAUCAGAUUCCUCUGGCCCGCUACACACAUGACUUAAAUAGGAGCAGCACGCAACAGCCUUUUUUGUAGUUUUCUUCACUGCUGUUUAACUUUACAAGUGCAUUGGGGUGCGUAUUUCACAGCUGCAGAAGAUUGAUGCGAUAAAUGGGUCUUUUCCUCUCUCUUUUGAUUCUCUCUGUAUAUACCAGAGUAAUUAAUGGCCGUGGUACUUGCUUUGCUCACUGUAAGAUGACUACUAAUUGCAUGUCCCCCCUUAGGACUUCAGUGAUAUACCGAAGAUGCAGCAGAGAGCGGAGCUGUGGUUGAAUGUGUCCCUAACACACAACAACUCGCAACUUGCAAUUUUUAACAUACGCCUUUGGUACUGGUAGUCUCUAAAGGCCAUUGCUUAUUCUGUAAUACAAUUUUAAAAUGCAGGUGGUCCUUGACGUACGAGCACUACUGAGAUUGGAACUUUUAUCAACUAACCGAUGCAGUUGUGUGUCAUCACAUCUCCAUUCCCAAUUUUUAUGAUUUCCUUUGCUAAGGAAAAGAAAUAAAUCUGGCAUCCCCCUUUGAUUCGACAGCCGGCAAGGCAAUCACAUGAUCUCAGGACAUUGAAACUAUCAUAAACAGAUGCUGGCUGCUAAGUGCCCGAUUCACAAUCCCAUCCAAAGAUUGUAAGUGUGAUGAUUGGCUGCAAGUCACUUUUUUCAGCACUGUCGUAACUUCAAGCAGACGUUAAGUGAACGGUCAUAUGUUGAGGACUUCCUGUACUUUUUUUUUUUUUUAAAGCAAAAUCAAGACCACAGCAGUAUGCUUGUGUCCCCCUCUCUCCAGAAUAAGCAAACGAUAAUACAAUCUCCUUAGGGAAUUUGAGAGAUGAACUCUGAUUUUUACCCCAUCUUGAAGUCCAGUAAUUUUUUUUUUACUUGGCUUCAUAUGAAUCUGCUACGCCAAUGAUCCAUGCAGGAAUGUUACCACUUUCAAACUCUCUUGAACUUGCCACUUCAGAUAGAAGGCUAAUUAUUACGAUAGAAAUAAAUUUCUGAUUCUGUUCACAUGACACGUCGGGCUAAAUGGUCAUUGACUAUCUCAUGAAUCAACGGAUGGUGCAAGUGUGCGAAUGACGGUUUGGUGUGUGGACGAAUUAAGCUAAUUCUGUAUGUUCUAUAUACUAUUAAUAUAAGUUUAGAGUUGCCCUCCUUUAAGAAAAGGAAAAAUAAAGUCUAAAAAUGUCGGUUUUGUUCAAUUAGUAUUUCUGGGGCCUGUAAAUGGGAUACUGGAGCAGCUGCAGGCAGCCUGUAUUUGAAGUGAAUAGUUCACCCAUUCUGUUGCAUUUUUUGUUAAACUGGUAGUCCUUGAUUUACAACUCUUUGUUUGGUGACUGUUCAAAGUUACAACGGUACUGAAAAAAGUAAUAAUUUAUGAGUGUUUUUCACACUUAUGACCGUUGCAGCAUAUCCAUGGUCACAUGAUCAAAAUUCAGACACUUGAUAAUUGACUCACAUUUAUGACAGUUGGAGUGUCCCAGGGUCAUGUAAUCCCCUUUUGCAACCUUCUGACCAGCAAAGUCAAUGGGGAAAACCAGAUUCACUUAACAACCGGGUCACUAACUUAUCAACUGCAGUGAUUCACUGAACGACUGAGGCAAGAAAUAUCGUAAAAUGGGACAAAACUCACUUCACAAAUGUCUCCCUUAACAACAGAAAUUUUGGAAUCAAUCUUGGUCGUUAAGUCGAGGAUUCCCUGUACUCCAUUCUGAAUAAAGAUUCUAAGAAAAAAACAACUCUAUUCAGGGAUGGGUAUGUGCCUGGUUACAACUCAUGAGAGAUUUCUGUGCUGGAACAGUUCUUGUGUAAGACAGAAUGUGGAAACUCCAGGUUGACAAUGUUUGCAAUGCAAAAAGUGAUGCUGAGAUGUAGCAGAACAUUCUCUGCUGUGCACAUUGUAAAUCCAUAUGGGCUGAAGCUACACUGAAGGGACACAAUUUUAUGGGUUUUGAGGGGGGGCAGUUAAUUAAAGUAAGCAAGACAUCAGA